GCGGGGAGGCGUCGGGGUCGCGGCCCUGCCCUGCCCGCUUUCUCUUGUGGUGCUCCUUUCCUUUCUCCCUUCCUCCCUGCUUCCCUCCCUCGCUUGGCCUCCGGCUGCAGGCAGGUGGGGCGUCCCGGCGGUGGAGGGGCCUGCUCUAGCAGGGAGAGAUGAGCAACAACAGUAAUAAGAGAGCACCAACGACAGCAACACAGAGACUUAAACAAGACUACCUUCGAAUUAAGAAAGAUCCAGUGCCUUAUAUCUGUGCAGAGCCCCUCCCAUCUAAUAUCCUUGAAUGGCACUAUGUUGUACGGGGACCUGAAAUGACUCCUUAUGAAGGUGGCUAUUAUCAUGGGAAACUAAUAUUCCCCAGAGAAUUUCCUUUUAAACCUCCUAGUAUUUAUAUGAUUACACCUAAUGGAAGGUUUAAGUGUAAUACAAGGUUGUGUCUUUCAAUCACUGAUUUCCACCCGGAUACGUGGAAUCCAGCUUGGUCAGUCUCGACAAUCUUGACGGGCCUUCUUAGUUUUAUGGUGGAAAAGGGCCCCACACUGGGCAGCAUAGAGACAUCAGAGUUCACAAAAAGACAGCUCGCUGCACAAAGCUUAGCAUUUAAUUUAAAAGAUAAAGUCUUCUGCGAGCUCUUCCCUGAAGUGGUGGAGGAGAUUAAACAAAAACAGAAAGCACAAGAAGAGCUCAAUAACAGACCUCCAUCCCUCCCUUUACCAGAUGUUGUCCCUGAUGGGGAAGCACACUACGGUCAGAAUGGAAUACCCCUUCUUAAUGGGCAUGUACCAUUGGCACCUGCCAAUCAUCCAGGUCUCCAACAGGCCAAUCGUAACCAUGGACUUUUAGGCGGAGCUUUGGCGAACUUGUUUGUUAUAGUUGGUUUUGCAGCCUUUGCCUACACAGUCAAGUAUGUACUGAGAAGCAUAGCGCAAGAAUGAGGAUGAUAAAAGAAAUCAAAGACCAAAUUAGCGGUAGUUGCAGAAUGAAUGGGACUCUUUGGGCAUCUGACUCUGACACUGGGAUAAAUACUUGUUUUACCAAGUUGCAGGUAAAACAUGGGUUGGCUCAUGGGUUAUGUUUGGGAAAUGGAGUAGUUUCGAUUAGUCAGAAAACUAAAAGAAGUUCUGCUCGCAGAUCCUCUUGUCCUUGCUACUAUCUGGUAGUGGCUCACAAACAAGUCAAAGCAUUAUUGAUGAGACGCUAACAUUUCUAGUGCUUUGAUUUUUAUAGCAGUUCUCCAUCUGUUAUUUGAAAUUUGAAACUCUUAAGCAAAUAAGGCUUUUUACUUCAUUGAACAAUUUUUAAAAUUUCACAAUUUAUGCAUAUCGUAUUUUAUUUUCAUUAGGGAAGAGUCUGUACAGGUGUUGAAAUGAUUCAAGUAGAGAUUUCAUGUGGACUUGGUAAGGGUUUGGUUUAAUGUGAACAUUGAUGCUACAGAAGAUUGCUGGCUUCUUUUUUAAAAUAGAAUGAACAUCAUUGCAUAUCUAGUCAGUAGAUUAAAUGAAUGGGAAAAUAACACCAUGUGUGUUAAAUGUGUUGUCUAAAUUGUCACAAUGUAAUUGAAGGUUUUAUUUGGGCUACAAGAAGUGCAGUUGUCAGCCUUUAGGAAUGAUUAGCAAGAAAAAGCAUUUGAAUCGGUCUUUAGUGGGGAUACCCAUAUCCAGUGUUGUUUUGGAUUUGUUCACUUAGAGAUUUCCAUUUUGGGAGCUGUUAUAUUUGAAAGCUGUAAUACUUAAUUUUGAUCACAAGAUGCCACUGUUGGAAAAAAUAAUAAAACUGCACAGACCAAUGGAGAGUUGAUUGUGUAUUCAGAAAACCUUCUCUGGAUUUCUUGGGCUUUGGUAAAUGAAGUAACCCUAGCCCUUGUGAAGAUAAAAAGACAAAUGAGCGUGAAUAACAAACCAGCUUCUUCAGAACCAACUGAACUAACCUGAAGUGUCACUAGCUGAAGUAAGCCCUUAAGAUUAGGUCCACUUGCUUACUUGAAGAUUUGCAUAAACUCUUAAAAAAAACCACCACCAAAAGCCAAAACCCAAACCCUUCUAACUCAUCUGAGAUUCUAGAAGCUUUUUGCUUUUAGGUAUAAGUUCAUCACUGUUCCACUUCAGGUGAUUGAUGACUGAAAUACUGAUGUUUGUUCAUGGGAUUACAGGACUAUGGAUAAACACUAAAGCUUCUAGGGUAGUUCAAAAGUCUGAAAUUACUUUUUUAACUGAGUUUGCUUGGGUCCAUCCAUGUGUUGUCUCUGUCCGUCCGGUCCCCAUGCCCCCCGCCCCCGGCUUAAUUUUGUCCAAAUGCUUUGUUUCAUCAGAGGCAAACUUACUGUGCCUUUCAUAAUUGACAGUGAUGCCUAGCCAUCUGGGGAAGAAUGUGCUUACUGUUAAUGGUCCAAACUGUCAAAGGUGACAGCAGGGUAAAAAGCUCUGCAUCUAACUGCAUAGUCUUAUUUUAAGUAUUGUGAAGAGCCCAAAUAAAUAUUACCUCAUGUAUCAAAGAAUUUUUUUGAAACUGUUUUAUUUUCCCCUUCAGAUUUGUCCUCUCUGCUUCUCCUUGGUGUCUUGAAUUGUAAGCAAAAAUGUAUUGUUAACCCAUGAGCCACACAGCUUAGAGCGUCAAUAAAUGUGACCAAUUCUCUGCAAUAGGUAGGAAUUCUCAAAACUAGCAGCUCUAUUCUAAAGAAAUCUUAAAGCAGUCCUUACUGAGGUAAGGAAGGGACGGAGGAGAUGGGGUGUGUGGGGAUGGUGUUUGGAAAAGGCUGGGUUUUAAAAUGUAUUUAUAAAUCUUUGAAUUUUUUUUUAUUUUGUGGUUUUACCAAAUCUUAUUUAUAACUAUUUUUUAAUUUACCUCUUGUAUGUGCUUCGUCAGCUCUUGUGAAAAGAGAAGCACCAGUUGUGUCUAUCUAGAAACAAUUAUGUUCUGUUGGUCAGGGGGUGUGUGCUGGAAAGGAAGGGGGAGUGUUGUGUCUUUCCUGCAGUGGUAGGAUUUUCAAGAUGGCUUGUCAGACUGAUACUCUCUUCCCAAAGCGUAUGGACCUGUAGCUGAGGCUCUUCGGCCUCAUAGAUCUUAGUGUCAUUCAAACAUGUUUGUGUUCUCGCAAUGCCUUUUAUUACCAUUGACAUCGCCUACAGACAGAAGCUUAUAUUUGGUUAUCUGUGUUUAUCUUCUUAUCUUAUGGAAGUUCUUUUGUCCACAUAAAUGAAGACAAAGGCAAGGAGACCUUGGGCAUGGUGUGUUUGCAUCUUCUGUGAAAUGUACCUAACCAAGGUAAAAGAACUAGUAAAAUCUGGAGAUGUUGAAUAAAAGACGUUUUAUUACGUGACAAGAAGUUGGCCUUAAGCUACGCCCAAGUAUUUGAAGGUGGGUUGUUUGGUUUUAGUAAGUGCCACAAUUGGAAACAAAAAAACUUUGGUUAAACCCUGGACAUGCUGCAUUUUUUUCUGAGGAUUGGUUGUAUUAAAAAAAAAAAAAAAAACCAAACCAAAACUUCCAAUUCUUCCAAUUGCAGUUUCUCUUCAGUACCCUGGAUUCAGAGAAAGACUUGACAGUCAUUUCAGGUGCCAUUUGUUGAAAGCUAGGAGCAACAGCUGACUGAACUCUUGCACCUAUGGCUUACAAGAUUUUGAUACAUCUCCUUUGCUCCUUGCCUUUGGUAACGGAAGAUUUAUUCCCUUCUGUGUAGGUUUUACUGUUUUGUGUUUUUUAAAAGCAUUUAUAAUAGUAUGCAGUAUCUGAUCUUUUUGUUACCAAAGUCAUUAGUUGGAGUAAACCAUUCUUUGCCGUGCAAAAAUAUUAUCAUGCCCUGAAGCAGUGCAUUACUUAAUGUAAUAAAACUAAAAGCCGUCCCUCAGUAUAUGAUAUUGGCACAAAUGUCUGGCCCUUCGCUGGCCCUUCAUGCUGCAAUUUCAUCGAUUUCUCUAAGAUUGUUACACACAGGUGGUAGGGAGCUUUUGCAGCUUGAAUCAGAAGACAUUUCAGUGGUCGCCUUUAAGGAGCUCUUGAUUUUUUAAAAAUCCUGGAUUUGUGUGUAGUUGUAAUUUUUCUCCCCCUAAGAUUUCAGGGUCAUGGAAGUUACCUUACUUUAAGCAUGUACUGAGGAGUAGAAAUGACUGCAUUGUAAAGUUGUUUGUUCAUAAUAAACAUUCAUGGUAAAAUUUA